AUGCAUCAGUUCGUAAUACUUCUGCUCCUGAUAAGCUUUUCUGGCAGCGCAGGCAAUACCUACUAUACCACCUGCGCCCGUAUGGAUGCAGGCCCUUUUCUAGCUAAAAUCGCUGCUGGCAUGUGUAUUUCAUCCUGUAAAUUUCAGAAUUGUGGCACUGGUACUUGUAGAAAUGUUCGAGGACGAAAAACGUGCGUAUGUAGUCGUUGCAGGAAGUAA